AUGCUAGAAUCAGAUAACACCAGCUACGGCCCUGAUACCAAUAAUAUGAGCAGCGAGAGUAUGACGACAAACGAAGAACUAACGGAUGAUGACUAUGAAAGUAUUCUCUCUAUUGUAAUCAGGAAACCAGCGUUAAGAAAAGUUCCAAGUUUCACUACUCCCGUUGACCACAACGGAUGCCCUCUUAAGACCAGGAAAUCCAUGAUGGUAGCAUUAACUCAAUGCUCAGCUCCUACAAGACAGACCUCUACAACAUCGACAAGAAGAUACGGAAUUCCCAGAGUUCGUGGAAGGAAUUCUUUGGCUGGACGACAUGGAACCAAGACUCUGGCUGGUAUUUCUAAUACUGCCCUACCUAGACGGGAAUCUCUUGGAACCGUCUCAUCCGCGAGAAUUGCCAGUGCGUCCAGCAGUUGCUAUGGACCACCCACAAUAUCCUCAUCAAUUUACUCAGCAGAUGCAGCUACGAUCUCAUCAAAACAGGUCUCAGAAAUCUCCGGCACCACCGAUUACAAUCCAUACCUGAACAGCGUAUCUACUGCAAUUGUAGAAGAGCCCGGACUGGAAAGUCUAUCUCAGAUCGACAUACCCUCAGACAAAACAGAAAAUAAUAUACAAGACACGGAAGCUCCGACCGUUACACACAAAAAUGUUGUCGUCAGUGUAAAGCCUCAUCGUUCUACCUCGAUCAAAUACAUAUCCCGUCAUAACUCUCUUUACAAAUCAAGGAAAAUUGCCACGUUAGGCGCAGCACCAGGACUAAAGAGAUCAAAUGCAAUUAGAAGAAGAAUUGGUUGGAUCUCCAACAAGAUAAGAAAAUUUCUUCGAAGUAUUAAGAGGAAAGCACAUGAUGGAUGGAGGGUAGUUAGAUCGAAGAGAAAGUCAAUGUUCUCCUUUGGUAGAAAGAGAAGUACGAAACUUCAUAACCACCACUUUAGUACCACUACUGCUGGUCAAAGAUCUUUUGCAGAUAGUUCCGGAUUGAGAAGUGUGGAAGGCCUCGUUGACGCAGAGAGAUAUAUUCCCUCUGGCGCAUACCCUCAUUUACCAGCGCCUUACGAAUUGAAUGAGCGAGCAAUGAAUUCCGCACUUCAUGUUCCUGAGCGUAACGUGGAAAUAUCAAGAAACGAUACCAUUGUGAUCAAGUCAAAUUCGGAUGACAACAAGCUCAGCGAUGAUGAUAACAAUAGUAGCAACGAUGACACAAGUGAAUAUAAUUCUGAGUCUGAGUUAGACACAAUCCUCCCAAUUUGGACACAUUUCAUGAAGGCAGCGGUAAGUAAACGGAUUCAGAUGAACAUGGAUCUGCACAGUGCCGAGCUAAAGAGAAAAAAUACCGGCUCUACCGUAGCCAAGGACGCCUUCUUGUCCAAUUACGUAUCUUCUACUAGAAGUCGCUACACAAAUCACAGUGAUAUUUACUUGAAAUCGGACUCAAGAUCUGAAUCUUCUCUUUCGACUGAAGAUUCCUUGUUCGUUGAGGAAUGCCAACCUCCACUUGGUGGAACACCCCCCUCUAUGUACGACAACUCAUCAUCAUCGGAUAGCUUGUAUUUGAACGAGGAGGAGAAGGAAAUUAUGAUAUCGGGCAAGAGAUGCAACGACUCAUAUUCAAGUGCUCUUCCUCCUACCAGAGCCAAGAGUGAGCAAAAAAAGCCAAAUCACGAUCGUCAUCCAUUCCUUAGAGCGAACCCUAUGGCCGUGCCUCCACAACACCGGAGGCAGUUGGAUCUAAAAGGCUUAAAUAUCAGUGUAGGUACUCCCCUUCCAGUGCUCACACAUCCGAAAUUACAUUAUGAGCAUCGACUAAGACUAAGUUCGAAAGCUUCUGAUUGCCCGUUCUCUUUUGAAAGCAGCUAUAACCAAUCGUCACUUUCAAGGCAGACGUGGAGUCAGCUGAGAUUACAGAAAUUAGUGCAUUGA